AAAGGAUGCCCUCCCUGUCCCUCUCUUUCCUGACCAAGCUCACCUUCCCAUAAGUUGAGCCAUCUCCAAGAAAGAGAGAGUGAGAAAGGUUGUUGACAGUUCAAAAGAUGGACACCAGCCAAGCUUCAUGUAACGAUGCAGAUGAAGACUAUAUUGAUAUGGAGAUAAGCUCAUCCUCCAACUUCUCGUGUUAUUCUAUAAGAUCUCCACCACACAGCAGAGAGUUUGAGUUCCAAAUGUGUUCAGUUUCUGGAGAUGGAGUUUUUACCUCAACUUUCCCUGCUGAUGAGCUUUUCUACAAGGGUAGGCUCCUUCCCCUCCACCUCCCUCAUCGCUUGCAAAUGGUUCAGAAACUACUUCAAAGUUCCAACAGUAGUACAUUUGAGUGCAAAACUGACGCACCCCUUGAAGAAAAUUCUGCUGUUCCUUCAACUAAUACAAGUAUCCCAUUGGAAUCCUACAGCAUCUCACCGUCAGAAUCCUGCAGGGUGAGUAGUGAACUAAACCCUGAUGACUAUUUCUUUGAAUGGUCAACUGAAUUGAAUGGCUUCAUUGGCAAUAAUUGCAAGAAGUCUUGGCCUAGAAAGCUCAAGCAGAACAAGCAAUCCUCAAUAAGCCAAAAGCUCAAGGCGUCCCGGGCUUAUCUUAAGUCUUUGUUUAGUAAGUCUGCCUGUUCUGAUGAGUCUUGUGCCAAAGCAGCAUGCAAUGCAGACGCAGGAAAUGUUUCAACGAGCAGAGAUUGUGUUAACAAGUACAUGAAAAUGGCAAAGAAGAAUCCAUCUAGAAAGAUUGAAUUUGAUAAUGACGGAUUCAAAAUAUCAAGUAUUAUUAUGAAGAGCAUUGACAGGGAGUUGGUUGAGGAUGCUGCAAAUAGUCAUAGGAGGUCUUUUUCAGGGGUAAUUCAUAGGCAUUCCGCAACAAAGUCUUCACCUACAUCUACAUCUUCUUCUGGUUCCUUUUCAUCUUCUUCAUCUUUUUCAUUUAGUUCAAGCGGAUUCUGUGAUUUCCAGUUGCUGAAAAGGAGCAACAGAGCGAAUUCAGAGAUUGAAAAUUCAAUUGAGGGAGCAAUUGCUCACUGUAAGCAGUCUCAGCAGCUGUCUAGUUCAAGCAAGACAGCAAGUGAACUUGGGGUUUGUUCACUUUCUGCUUCAAAGAUUCCAGUUAGUGGGGACCAAGAAAGACCAGGACUUUGCAGCGUAUGAAUGUGAAAUUACUUUUGGAAAGACUGAAAAUCCACCAGCUUUCAAAACUGAAGUUGAUUGAAAUGGUACCCAGUUCCUGUUACAUUCUUCCAAAGUGCGUGUCAUUUUAAUGCAGUGUGAUUAUUCAGAUACUUUGCAUGAUUUUCCUGCACAACACCAACCCUUUAAUACAUUUCUGUGAAAGAACAUAUUCAAGUCCAUUAUUGUUCA